AAAUUCGAAAACAGGAAAAAAGUUGAUUGUUGCUGGAAAUACGCUUUUGGUGAGCAAAAUGCCAACGAAAAAGAAGUACAACGCCAGAUUCCCACCAGCUCGGAUCAAGAAGAUAAUGCAGACGGAUGAAGACAUUGGAAAAGUAGCAGCACCUGUUCCGGUAAUCCUUUCUAAAGCACUUGAAAUAUUUAUGCAGUCUUUACUUGAGACGGCUAGCAAGAGCACUCAUGCAAGACAUGCAAAGACAAUGUCCACAGCUCACUUAAAGCAGUGCAUCACCUCCGAAAGCCAGUUUGAUUUUUUGAAAGAACUUGUGGAAAAUAUUCCUGACCUUCCAACAAAUGAAGAGGAAGCAGAAGAUCUUGAUGAACCUAAGCCUAAAAGGAAAAAAGUGACUUCUGGUGCGACGAGCACACGAAAGGAAAAGGGGCCACGAAAACAGAAGAUAAAAAAGAACAAAAAUGUCGACUCUGAUUCCGAUGAAGACGAUUACGCAUCAGAUGAAGAGGGAAGCUCAAAUUCUGCGGGGAGUAAUCCUCCUGUCGUGCCAACGCCAACGACGAGUCGUCUGAAUACGAACCCGACAGCAAUAAGCAAUACGUCGACGUUUACGAAAUCAAUGAUUGAGAACCACGCUCUCCCUGCAACUCCAAGCAACUUCCUGCGGCCGUCGACAUCAGGGACUGCUCUACAGCUGCCAAAUUCCAGCGUUCCUGCCUCGUCUCUCUUCAGAGCAGCGCAUUCGGAGGACGACGACUACGACUCGUGAAAAUGUUUUUAUUUUAUCGUGCAAUUCCUAUCGCUUUUCGGCGAAAUUCAAGUUUGUCCAAAUGGCACAAAUGGUCCACUUUUAUUCGUUGUAAAAUAGUCUGUUGACCUGCCUAUUUGGGAGGAAUGCGUGGAUGAUUUUAAACAGGGGUGGCGCCAGAGGGGGGGCAAGGGAGGCUACAGCCCCCCCGUCGGGGGACUCUAGCCCCCCUGUCGGGGAAAAUUUUAACAAUUCGUCGGGGAAUGAACGGGAGAUAUAUUGAGUCGCCCUCUAUUGUUUUUAGUUCUCCCAAAUAAAACAGAUAAACUUCUUCAAAAUUUAACUUAGUAUUUUACAUUGUACAUGGUUUGUAGCAUAAAAAUUUUCAUGAAAAAGUCCGUGAUAAGACUCUGAAAUGCUAAUUUCCAAAGAUCUAGAACAAUCAAAUUUCAAAAAUUUUCUUCCUCGGCGCCAACCAAGGUGGCGCCUCGUGAGCUUAGGCUCCAAAUCUAAGCCAUGGGACUGUAGCAAUAAACCAAAAACUGGGAGUUCAGCCCCCCAGCCCCCCUGUCGGGGACCUUAGCCCCUGUGACGGGAGAAUUCCUGGCGCCACCCCUGAUUUUAAAUUUGACGAAAACUUGGAAAACUGUGCGAACUUUUCAUACUUUCAUAACAUAUCGGAAUCUCACUAGGAGGGACUUAAUUCCUGCACUCAAGGCCACAGUUAUGUAAAAUAUGACUUUACAAGUAUAUGUCACUAAUGUCAGGGUAUUUGUCAAAAUUAUUAGUGCUGAAC